GCAUUUGGGAAUCUACCUGUGGAAGAGACAACACCUGCAGCUGGGAAUAAUGAAGGGACUAGCAGUGGAUUUCUCUUUUGCGCUUCUUCUUAUGGUGGAUUUGGUUCUGGGGCAGCCCUUUCCUGGGAUGCACCCUGACACGCUUCUCCGUGGGAUAAGCGCCGGCUCCAGACGCACCGUGCACGGGCAGCAGAGCGGCAGGUUGCCCCUCUACAUGAUGCAGCUCUAUCGGACCAUGCUGACCGAGGAUCGGGCCAGGACUCCGGCUGCCAGCGUGAGGCACACCAGGACAGAGGACAGCCCCGGUCUGCACGCCUCGGACUCUGUGAUCAGCCUCGUCGCUAAGAGCUGCUCGCAAAUUGGAAAGAAAUGGUCUGUCACCUUUGACAUGUCCUCCAUGUCCUCAAGUGACAACAUCCAACUGGCUGAACUUCGCAUCCGCCUGCCGGCUUUCACAGAGUCCUCCCAAGCUUCAGUGGACAUCUACCACUCCGACAGGGGCGGAUGCUCUGGCCUGCACUGCCCAGAGAACAGGCUGCUCCUGGGCCACCUGAAAGCUCAUCCCAGCUCGAUGGUCUCCCCGUCCUCCUGGAGGGUGUUCAACAUGACGGAGAUGCUCAGUGGCUGGUUGCAUCGGGACUCCGCACAGACAACGGAGGAUGAGGUGAAGGAACAAGAAGAGCAGAAGGGAGUCCAGCACCCUACAGCCGACCGGGUCAUGAUGGUGGUCUUCUCAAAGCAGAACUCAAACAGCGAGCGAAUGCCAACACUCAUCCACACAGCAGAGCAGAGCAAGUACGUCAGCCUAGACUGGGAGCGAGGGAUGGAUGUUUUUGGUUCCAGACCGAGGAGCCGCAGGUCCAAGAGGCAUCAGCACCACAGCCAGCAGCAGAGACAGAGAGUGGCUGGAGCUGCUCCUGCCAGCAAACCCGCCGGCGAGGAGAAGAAGGGUCCUCUCUGCAGGAGGGUGGACAUGUGGGUGGAUUUUAAGAAGCUUGGCUGGAGCGAGUGGAUUGUUUAUCCCAAGCAGUACAACGCCUAUCGCUGUGAAGGGAACUGUCCUACACCAGUAGAUGAGACCUUCGCCCCAACCAACCACGCAUACAUGCAGAGUCUUCUGAAACUUCACCACCCAGAGAAGGUGCCGUGUCUGUCCUGUGUGCCGACACGCCUGGCUCCGCUCUCCAUGCUGUACUUUGAGAAUGGGAAGAUGGUCAUGAGGCAUCACGAGAACAUGGUGGUGGAGGACUGCGGCUGCCGCUGAGCAAAAGACCUGAAAACCUGGUUAAAGGCCAGAGAGACUGGAGCCACUGCUGAGCCGUAGGCCUCCAAGAGUCUACAGCCAGCACUGUUCAGAGGCACAGAGUGGAUGGACGUCCACAGGCACUUUUAAGAGAUGUCUAGUUUGACACUGGGACAGAGGCGGCUACUGCUAUGCAGAACAUGAAAAAAUGAACUAU